GCAAGCCAGAGAGAAACAAAGCUCUUCAUCGUCCAUUGUUCUUCUUCUUCUUCGCUCUGCGCCGCGCUCUCUCUCUCUAGAACUCUCAGCUCAGAAGCCGUAAUGGAUAUUAGGCGGCGUGAAAGUAAGACGGAAGCUAGUGAUAGAGAGAAACGGAUUAACGAGAAGGAACAGAUGGAUCAAGAGUCUUUUCUUGAGGAGCUUGCAGGAGAGUUUAGAUUGCCAAUAACACACAGGGUGACUGAGAACGUUGAUCUAGAGGAUGUGGAGCAAGCGUCACUAGACACAAUGAUAUCAUCAACCAACGUUGGGUUUCGUCUUCUUCAGAAGAUGGGUUGGAAAGGGAAGGGUUUAGGAAAGCAAGAGCAAGGCAUAACGGAGCCUAUAAAGUCGGGUAUCAGGGAUCGAAGGCUCGGUUUAGGGAAGCAAGAGGAGGAUGAUUACUUCACUGCGGAGGAGAACAUCCAAAGGAGGAAGCUUGAUAUUGAGAUCGAGGAGACUGAGGAGAUCGCUAAGAAACGGGAGGUCCAAGCAGAACGUGAGCUGAAGAUUGAGAGCGAUGUUAAAGAGAUUCGUAAAGUCUUCUACUGUGAGCUUUGCAGCAAGCAGUAUAGAACGGUGAUGGAGUUUGAAGGUCACUUGGACUCAUAUGAUCACAACCAUAAGAAGAGAUUCAAAGAGAUGAAAGAAAUGCAUGGUGCGAGCAGCCGCGAUGAUAGGAAGAAGCGAGAGCAGCUGCGUCAAGAGAGGGAGCUGACUAAAAUGGCUGAUGCUCGUAAACAACAGCAGAAGCAACAGAACAUGCAAGAAGACCCAGAGAAUGUCCCAGCUCCAAUACCGGCUAAGCCCGCUCUUGCACCACUUGUUGUCCAAGAUCAGCGGAAGUCAUUGAAGUUUGGCUUUUCUUCAAAAAGCGGCAGUACAUCAAAGAGCCAACCCAAGAGCAGCGUCAAGAAGCCUAAAUUAGCAAUUGCAUCGGUUUUUGGGAACGACAGCGACGAAGAUUAAGGUUUACAUCAUUAUAAAGUAUAUUGUACUAAAUGUAAUUCUAUUUUGUGGUUCUUCCUUUCACACAUUUAAAUCUGAACAUGGUCUGGGAAAAUCUUAACAUCUCAGGACCACAACACAGCCUUACAACUUUUUGUGUUUGUUAAAUCUUAAAGACUCUUUGGUAGACUAAAGCUUUUUACU